AGUUAAUAUUUAGUUCCAUUUCCUAUUACAAGUUGUUGCUGCUGCUGGCUACUACUUUUUCGAUCUGCAUUGUCAUCAAAUUAUAUUAUUUGAGAAGAUGGAUCAGUAUAUUCUUCAUCGAAGUUGGAUGUACGAUAGAAAAAGACCGGGGAAAAGGACACUUAAAGCUCAAUUUAAGGAAGGAAUUCGUGAAUUUGUUGCUUUCGCCAUGUCGCAAGAUAUUUUUAGAAGUGAGGGAGGGAUUAGAUUUUCGUGUCUUAAAUGUACGUGUAGGUUGAUUCAGAGCCCAAAAGAUGUCAUAAAACAUUUAGAGGAUGUUGGUUUUAUGGAGGAUUAUUAUGUGUGGAGACAUCAUGGUGAACAAGAGCCGGAUGAGUUUGAUGUUAAUAUGCAGGCUUCAAGCAGUGGAGCGCAUACACAGUGUGAAAACUUUGGCCUCAUGGAAGAUAUGGUCGGUGACACUCUCGGGGUGAAUUUGUCUUACAAUGAGGGCAUUGAAGAGGAAAUAAUCCCGAAUGAGAAGGCGUUGAAGUUUUACUCAAUGAUGAAAAAAGUAAAUGAACCAUUGUUUGAAGGGUCGUCUCAGUCGAAGUUAUCCAUGUGUGUGAGGCUUUUAGCUGGAAAGUCAAAUUGGAAUGUACCCGAAGAAUGUGCGGAGUACUACACGAAAAUGAUGAGGGAUUCGACUCCUGUACCAAAAAAUUUACCAUUAAGUUAUUAUGAAGCUAAGCAAUUGGUGAUGAAGUUGGGAUUGGAAGAAAAAAAGAUUGAUUGUUGUGUUAACGGGAGAAUGUUGUUUUACGACAAUGAAUUUGGUAAGAAUGAUGGCGCGUUGGAGGAGUGUAAAUUUUGCAAUUCACCAAGGUAUGGAGUGAGUGGCGAUGAUGUUGAUCGUAAGAAGAAACGAGUCGCAGUCAAGUCAAUGUUUUACCUGCCAAUAAUACCAAGACUGAAGAGAUUGUUUGCAUCAAAUGCACACAGCUGGUCAUAUGACAUGACAUUAUUACCAUAA